AUGUCUGGUUGGCUCACGACCAAUUAUCCGACCCAUGCACGCCAUUCAAGUGGCAUAGAGCCAUUUGGCAGCACCGAACAUCUGCCUGAAAAUGCAGCUAGUUUUGCUCGCGACACCGUCGCUGACGACCACACGUUCUAUGCUGGGUCUGAAAAGCCUCCUCCACCUCCUGCUGAAAAGGUCCCGUUCUAUAAACGACGAGGGUUCAUCAUCUGUCAAAUAGUGACGGCCAUCAUUGGCAUAGUCAUGUUGUUUGUGAUGCUAUUCCCCCUCGUUCAUGUCAUCGCUCAGCAUGUGCUGGAUGUCUCGCAAAUGCACGUGGAUAGCAGCAUGAUACAAUCUCCCAAUAACGGGAGCUUCACGCUCGUCAUGAAAGGCUGGGUCUCGAAUACUGGUGUCAUUCCAGCCGUAAUACACUGGACUCAGCCUGUCCGCGUCUCUUGGAUGCGCGACUACGGAAACGACAACGAGACCGAGGUGCCUCUGGGUUCUAUGUGGCUAGACGAUCUCGUCGCGAAGAACAAGCGGGCAACAAUCGAUCAAACCACCCUGUUCAACAUUACAGACGAGGACGCAUUCGGGUCAUUCACGCAGGACAUGAUCACCAAGGAAAGGUUCACAUGGCGGCUUGCAUCCGAUAAUCUCAAAGUCAAUGCCGCCAAAUUUCCUCAGGCCAAGAACCUUCGCUUUAGGAAGGACCUUACGCUCAGUGGAAUCAACUCCUUCGCUGGGGGAGUGACACUGAAAGAUUUCUCUCUCCCUGGGGUGGAUCCCGCGGGUGGCCUCAGGUUCAGCACCACCACGACGUUGACAAACAAUAGUCCGUUCACGGUCGACCUUGGAACUGUCGUAUUUGACCUGCAGUAUCAGGGUGUUAACCUCGGUCGUGGUACGAGCUCUGGUGUUGUGGUCAAGCCUGGGGACAAUGAUGUCACUCUCACCGGGAGAAUGAUUCCUCAGUCGAGUGCGUCGGAUCUGGAGAAAGUUGGAAGGCUUUUCACUGCCUAUCUCAAUGGUGAAGCAGCCCCCGUCACUGCUCGUGGCGUCUCCACAGUCCAAAGUGACGGUUCCAGAAUCUCAUGGCUGAGCGAUGGUAUCAGUGCAUUGACGCUCCAAGUUCCGCUGAAAGCACCUCAUGCCAUCGACGCCAUCAAGGACAUCAGUAUCGGCUAUCUCAAUCUCACAUUCAGCAAGGACUCUGCAUGGGCGCCUAUGACCACUACCGACGAUCUACAGGCCAAACUGUCUCUUCCCUUUGGCUUUGGUAUGAACGUGACGCAAAUCGGCAAUUCGUUCUCAAUUGUACAGAACGGUGUCAACGUGGGUUCUCUUAACUCGAGCCUCAGCCCCGCAUCGUCGGAUAUUCGCGUCGUCUCCUCCAGCUUGACCCAGGGGACCAUUGACAUUACUCUUACACCGAGCGCAUUGCGUGUGCCCUCUAACGCACAUGCUCAGUUUGGUGACUUCAACAAGGGUCUGACGCAGAGCGAGCAUGCCACAUUCCAGCUCGUUGGAAGUGCCAAAACUGUUGCGACUCUACCGAUUGGAUCGAUUGUCCUUGACCCCAUUAAAUUCAACGUCACCUCCAGUCUUGACGGUCUCCGUGGGCUCAAUGGCUACACCUGGAUUACUGGUGUCGACAUGACAGGCGGAACUAGUGACUAUCUCGAGCUCGCCAUCGAUGUCAUCAUCCAAAAUCCAUCGUCUCUCAACCUUCAAGCAGGAGAUUUGACUUUGCAGUUGUACAGUGGGAAUAGCCUGCUGGGGACGGCUCUCAUGCCCAAUCUUCACCUCACCCGAGGAAAUAAUACCAUCAAAGCUACCUCUCAAUUCCGUGCUAACGACACCCCUGAAGGCGUCAAUACUUUGACUCGCUUUUUGGCUGCCCAGGACACGACGAUCUCCAUUAAAGGCUAUGACGGCAGCACAGACAUCGAGUCGCUGCUUCCAGCCUUCAAGUCAAUGAACAUCCAAGCUACCCUUCCUGGUCUGCAGACGAAGCUGCUCAAGAGCGCCAAACUCACCGUUCUCCCAACAACCGGUCAUGGAAACAAUAUCGCACACACACGAGUAACGAUGAACGAUCCUUUCACUAGUGGAUUCACCGUUGCUUCAGUUAACUCCACCGUUCAAUACCGAGGGAUUCAAAUGGGUACCAUUCUUCAGGAUACCAACUUUGCGGUUCAGGGCAAAUCAUCGACGACGUCGCCAGACCUCGACUUCAAUCUCAAUCUCGAUCCGGCAACCAUGUUUACGCUGCUCAGGAUACUUGCAGUCGAAGCGGGAUUGCCAACCGAUCAAAUUGAUGGGAUUGUAGCCCUGGGAGGCUAUCAAUAUACUCAACCAGUUUCCAAGCGUGAUCUUGUUUCACGUGGGCUCUAUACUGGCUUCGACCUUCCAAGCUUCGUCGAUAAAGCGUUUGCAGUGCUGAAAGCGGACAUCAAUCUGCAAUCUACGGUGGUCAUCGGUGAUUACCGUACAGCACUCAACUACGCACAGAAGGAGGUGCCGAUUGAGACAGAUGAAACACUCCAUAUGUUGCUUGGCGUGCUCGCUCAACCCAUAGUGCAAAAGAUUGUCGAUGCCUCUGUCAUGGGAAUUGACACAAUAAUGAUCACUAAUCCUCAAGAAUCUUCAUUCG